UGUUCCUUCUGACUCUGGGAAGUUGUAUCCUAUAUCUCUGACUCUCUUCUUGAAGAUUCUGCUGUUGUCCUGAUUGUCCAGUCGUUUCCCAUUCUGAAACUCAAGAGCAAGACCUGUUUCUCUUCAUCCUCCCAAACCAUACGGGUGGAGAUCUGUGCUCAAAGGUUUGCCGGGGGAGUGAUUUUAUACCAUCCUUUCCUGAGAAGCUCUGCAUUUGUUAUCAUUCCUUUUUACCAGACUCAUGUAUGUCUAAUUUAAAUUUCUGCUUUUCGCUUCCUCUCUUCUCUGCACCUUUCAUGUCCAUCAAGUUCAUUCUGGUUUCCUCCAUUUGUGUAGUUUCUCUGCAACUAACUUGCUUUGUGCUUGAAUUAACUUAUCUGUGAAAUAGGCACAAUGCUAGUUGUUACUACAUCAAAAUAGUGUUGGUGAUCAAAGGAGCAUGCAUGUAAGUACUUGUGAAAAGAUGUUACUUAAAACUGAUUCCAGUUUGAUGAAAAUGUAGCAAACAGUAACACACAUGUCCUUUAUUUCAAGCAAUCUUUGAUUUAAAACCAUGGUGCAGUUCAGAUGUUUUGUUGGUGUUGGUUGUAACAGGAGUUGCCGUGUAUCUUUUACCCCUUCAUCAUCUCUAGGAUUGUCUUGUCAAGCCUGUGUGGGUUUCCCGUGACUAUCCUUGAAGGCUGUAGAAACCUGAGAAGGGCCCAGUGUGAACGCUGGAGAGCUUCCCUGGGGGACCCCACUGGACUCACUGUCAGUCUUCCCAGUGGGAUGGAGGCCCUUAGACUUCCCUUGCCAUCACAGUACACUUGGGGAACAGGCAGUGGACAGCUGAGGUCUCACUGUAAACUCAGAGCCUGGCACACUCCCGGAGACAUUGAGUCUGGAAGUGCUGUCUUGAGCCAGCCACCCUCUCUGCUGGGCCUAAUGCUUCUCAUUCCAGGCACACGUUUCCUGGCGGCCGUGGAGCUGCUACCCUGCUUCUUUAGGGUCCCUAGAGGCCCUUGCUUGCUGUGCUUGCCUGACAGAUAAAAGGAUCCCGCUGGGGGCACCUGAGGUCAGUCUUGGAGCUGUGAAUGCAGGCCUGACUGGUCAGAACAGAACCCCCAGUCCCAGGAUCCUCUGCAGAAGUGAGGGCAAACUCUAAAUUCAGUGCCUGCUCCCUUUCUCCCCUAAGAAAUCUAAACCAGCUCGAUGUUUACACUUGUGAUGAUAAAACGGGAGUGGGUGUGGUUUAGGGAAAUAGCAUCCACCCUGAAUGACUUUGGGAACCUGAUAGAGUGUUCCAAGCCGACCUGAAGGCUGAUUCCGAGUGUGACAUCUGGGCAAGUGACUCAACCUCUGAGCCUGUUUCAGUUAUAAAAUGAGAGAGAAACCUACCAAAUAAGGUUCCUUCGAGCAUUGAAGUGAAGAAGCACUCAAUACCAUCUCCCGUGUGUUCCCAUGAAUUUCUACGUCUGUGAGCCAGAGGAGAGGAAGGGGGUCACAGAGGGAAUGUUAUUAUGGGGAGGUGAUAAGAGCUAUAUCUGUACGCCAGGGCUGAGCAGUGACAAGAAUGCAGAGAGGUGUAAACGCCAGGGAGGGGGAUGAGAAGCAAGGAGACUGGGGCAAGGAAAAGCCAGGGCCAGAAAUGGAGUGUCCCUGUCCUUAUGUCAUGCUCCUGGGAACUCAGCAUGACAUCCAGCCUCUGCUCCACACUUCCCCUUUUAGAGCAGUGACCGCCGAGCUAGCUGGCCUUGCUGCGCUAGAUACACCCAGGGGCAAUCCCAAGUACCAUUACUGAGCCAGACUGGGGAGUGGGGUCUGUCCCAGCCACACGGUGCAGAUCCCCGAAUCCCGGGGUGGGUCUGCACCCCACUCCUCCAUCUUUCACUCCUUUGGCACUCUUUUUCUCCAGUGAGAUGGUAAACUCCUUUGGCCGCAGGGAAUGAUCUUUUGUCUCCCUCCUCUCGUGCCUCGCAUGGUGCUCCUGAACAUUGGUGUUUAGUAAUCAUUUGAGCAAAAAUAAAUGUAUUAUUCUGGAGCAGUGUUUUUGCUCAUUAAGUGAUGGUGCUGACCCAGAAGUUCUUUCCAAGACAAGGAUGGACUUGGGAGAAAGAGAGUACUGGGUGUGAGAGGCCAGUCCUGUAGGACUGCUCCUUCCUGCCACAAAAAAAAAGUGUAAAAUUAUCACAAGUAGGGCAACACGGUUAUUACUAUUUGAUAGUUGAAGAAAGUGAGGUUCAACAAGGUCACAGUUUAUGUAUGAAUUCUUGGUCCGGUGCUCUUUGCACUUCCUGACCCAGACAUUUGCCUCCUACCCAAGGGAUAGGCCAGGUUCCCCCCAGUACAGCGACCAUUCUUGGGGUGGGGGGGUGCUCCCUCUCCCCACCCAUCACUCUGCGCUGCCAGCCCGAGCACCUGCUGUGGUUUUUGCAGCACCUGGGGAGCUCUGGCGGGGAGAGGGCAGGGAGCAGGGCGAACACGGUCUCAUUCCCUAAGAGCGAGGGGCUGGUAGGCAUUUUAUGGCUCGGCUGGUGCCUGGCACUUUGCUGGACACUGUAGCGCCACCCCCGCUUUUACCCUUGUAAAGAGAGGUUCCGAGGCAAAGUAACCACUCGUGGGCUGAAAGCGUGUGGGAGCCGCGAGGCGGCCGCCAGGGAAGCGGGCUUUGCCCGGGAUCAGGGUCCUCUGCUGAUGGGUGGCGCGCACGGACGCCAACGCCCUGCGGCAGCGAUGCCCAUGUGGGUGCGGGAGCGCAAGCGCCCAGCCCCGGGGGUCCUGCCCAGCCCAGCAUCCUGUGGCGGCGGGGCCCGGGCGGUGGCGAGCGCGCCAGGGGCGGGCUCCUCGGGACAGGCUCCGCCCCCAGGGGCGAGGGUUUAAAAGGAGGGAAGGCGGCAGCACGGGUUUCAGCCGCUGCGAAGCGCGCCAGGGCAGAGGCACGGCAAGGGUACAGCCAUGACCCUGCGGGCGGGGGGUUCUCGGCUGCUCGGCGGACUCCUGCUCUUCGCUCUGCUCGCUGCCGGCGCCGCGCCGCUCAGCUGGGAUCCCCCAGAGCCCCGCAGCCGGGCCAGCAAGAUCCGAGUGCACCCUCGGGGCAACCUCUGGGCCACCGGUCACUUCAUGGGUAAGAAGAGCCUGGAAACCCCCAGCCCAUUCCUCUUGGGGACAGCUCCCCACAUCUCCCUGAGGGACCAGAGACUCCAGCUGAGUCACGAUCUUCCCAGGAUCCUCCUGCUAAAGAAAGUUCUGGGCAUGAGCCUUAGCAGCCCAGCACCUCACCCCCAGGAGGCUGCUGGCCCAGAUGCUGCAGAAGGGGUGCCCCUAAUGAGGAAGAGACGCCGACAUGACUUAGACUGCGCACACCCAGGGAAGGUGCUGAGCGGGACCCUGGUGGCAGCCCCAUCUGGAUGUAAAACCUGGGCUCAAAUGUCUGUUACUCCGUUACUGUGAUUUCUGGUUGUGUCGCCGGGAAUACUGCCCAUGAGACACAAAUUAUGUCCCUGCUGUAUUUCUUGCUUCAGUGUUGAAGUCGUGAAUAAAACCCUGCUCUUUACAUA